AUGGCGAACUGCAGAGGAUCGCGCAAUGCCUAUUAUUUCUUCACGCUGGAGAAACUGCCGGAACUGAAGCAGCAGGGCCUGGCUGUGACCAACGUCGCUAACGCCAUCCCGUAUUGUUCCGAUGCCUGGGCGCUACUUAAUGAAGAGCAAAAAGAAAGAUAUGCAGAAAUGGCUCGUCGGUGGAAAGCUACCAAGUCAGAAGUAGUAGCAGAAAAGCCACGUAGAGAAGUUUUAGUACCGUUUCCUACUCAAACUCAGGAUAUGAUUCCUGUUACAAACCUUACAAGCCCAUUUAAGAAUGAACAAGUUGUGCUCGAAACUUCAUUCUACUUUCUGAAUAUCUUCAGUCAUGGAGUGUUGCCCCCUCACUGCAAUCAGCGUUUCCUCCCUUGUGAAAUUGGGUGUAUCAAAUAUUCACUUACGGAUGGUAUAAUUGCAGAAUUUCAUCAUUUUAUAAAUCCUGGAGAAGUACCACGGGGAUUUCGGUUUCAUUGCCAGGCUGCAGGUGAUGCUACCCAUAAAAUUCCCAUAACUGGUUUUGAUACUGCAACUGCAAGUUACUCAGUUGUGUUGCAUGACCUGUAUGAGUUCAUCAAACCACAAAGGGGCAACUGGCCAUCUGUAUAUUGUAAGUCUGAUGAUCACUUCAGAGUAAACUGGUGCCUGAAAUAUAUGGCUAAAGAAACAGGCAGAGUCAAUCAUCUAAAGCUUUUAAAUGUGGAGGAUCUUGUUGUGGAGCUGUAUUAUAAAAAACUUCAAAAAGAACCUUCUAAAACUUGGGUGUGUAAUACACUGGAUGCUUCCAUGUGGGAUUACUCAGGAAAUACUAGAUGUGAGUGGCAUGAAAAAAAUGAUAUUGUAUUCUGUGCUCUUGCUACAUGUAAGAAAAUUGCAUACUGCAUCAGCAAUUCUUUAGCAAAUAUGUAUGAAAUCCAUUUAACUGCCUCUCAUUUACCACUAACUGAGAAGAACUGCAAGAGUACAACAAAUCCUAAAAUGAUAGUGCUGGAUGCUAGACGCUUCCAGAAAGGGAAAAUCGAAAGCACUGGAAAUGAUAGUUAUUUUAGAUCUCUUAAUAAGGAUCAUGGUGCCACACCUUGUAGUGGUGUAAUUCCCUCAGGAGUGAAAACGAUGCAUUCACCCAUCCCUAGAAGUGGAAGAGGAAUCGCACAGUUUUUGGAAAGCACCUUCAAGUAG